GCGGGCCCCGCGGGACCAAAGUCCCGUGAGUCCUCACGCUGCCGCUCAGCCUAGCGGCUCUGGUGCUGGAGUCCAGAAAGGCUCCCCUGGCCUCUUUCCUGCAAGUGUUGAGUUUGCGGUUUGCAGGUCCAUGUAUGGUCCCAACCUCCUGGGUUUAUGGGGUUUUUUGUUUGGUUUUGCUUUUUGGAUUGCUUUUUUUUUUUUUAAGAUUUAUUUAUUUUUUAUUUUUUUUUAUUUUUUAUUUUUUUGACAGGCAGAGUGGACAGUGAGAGAGACAGAGAGAAAGGUCUUCCUUUGCCGCUGGUUCACCCUCCAAUGGCCGCCGCGGCUGGCGCGCUGCGACCGGCGCACUGCGCUGAUCCGAUGGCAGGAGCCAGGUGCUUCUCCUGGUCUACCAUGGGGUGCAGGGCCCAAGCACUUGGGCCAUCCUCCACUGCACUCCCUGGCCACAGCAGAGAGCUGGCCUGGAAGAGGGGCAACCGGGACAGGAUCGGUGCCCCAACCGGGACUAGAACCCGGUGUGCCAGCGCCACAAGGCGGAGGAUUAGCCUAGUGAGCCGCGGCGCCGGCUUAUUUCUUUUUUAUUUGAAAGGCAAAGUUACAAAGAGGCUGAGGCAGAGAGACAGGUCUUCCAUCUGCUGGUUCACUCCUCAAAUGGCUGCAACGGCCGGAGCUGGGCAGAUCUGAAGCCAGGAGCCAGGAGCUUCUUCCUGGUCUCCCACGCGGGUGCAGGGACCCAAGGACUUGGGCCAUCUUGUACUGCUUUCCCAGGCCAUAGCAGAGAGCUGGAUCAGAAAUGGAGCAAGGGCUCAUGCUAUAGUGCAGCAGGUAAAGCCCCAGCCUGGGUGCUGAUGCUGUGGCGUAGCAAGUAAAGCCCUGGCCUGAAUCAGUGACAUCCCAUAUGGGUGCUGGUUCGAGUCCCAGCUGUUCCACUUCCAAUCCGGCUCUGCUAUGGCCUGAAAAAGCAAUGGAAGAUGGCCCAAGUCCGUGGGCCCCUGCACCCACGUGGAGACCCAGGAGAACCUCCUAGCCUGGCUCCUGGCUUCAGAUCAGCUCAGCUCUGGCUGCUGUGGUCACUUAACCUGCUAUGCCACAGCACUGGCCCCCCGGGCUUAUGUUAGGGAUGAGUGUAAGAGACUACAUGUUAAUUUGGUGCCUUCUAAAGAGGGAACUGCAAAGAAGUCUCUGAGAAAUGGAAUUGAAAGAUAAGCUCAUUUGUGCACAAAUCAUUUUCAAUCUGUGUGUACAAGUAUGCCAAGUCCUGCUCUGAGUAUGUUAUGUAUGUAUUUAUAUCUGAAAGGUAGAGCAGUAGAGACAGAGAAAGGCAGAUCUUCCAUCUACUGGUUUACACCCCAAAUUUCCACAAGAGCCAGGGCUGGGGCAGGUGGAAGCCAGGAGCCCAGAACUCCAUCCCAGUCUUCCACGGGGGUGGCAAGGACCCAAGGAUUAGCAGGAAACUGGAUCAGAAGCCAAGCAGCCAGGACUCUGUCCCAGGCCCUCUAACAUGGGAUUCAGGUGUCGGAAGCAACAGUGGCUUAAGACCCACUGCACCGCGAUGCCCGCCCACCAGACUCAGCUGCUGCACCAAACACCACCCCCUGAGUAUUUGUUACUCAGUGACUCCCUUCAGGGGUCCUCUGAUGUCGAUACUAUUGCUAUCCCCAUUUUGCGGGUAGGCUCAUGGGCAAAUUGAGGUUAAGGCUCUGACCCAAGACCACACAGCCAGGAAGUAGCAGAGGCAGGAUUGGAACCCAGAACCAUGGCUCUGCCACCGUUCAUACAACACAGUGUAGGGGCAAUGGUCCUUGCACAGGCCCUGUUGGAGUCCAGAACUUCCAGUUCCUCGCUACUUUCACCUGCGUCCACUGCCCACCUGUCCGGGCCACUCCCGCAGCCCUGCCCCGUCCCACCCUCCCUCUGCCAACACCGGGGCAGGGGUUUAUGACGGCGAUAAGGCCCCAGCUGGGCGAAGUCCGCUCCACCCACACUUCCUCUUUGCCAGAGGACCCACCGGGGAGGCUCCUGACAGCCUAGGGCGUGCCCUCCAAGAAGACUUGAGCCUGGGAGUCCCCGAAGAGGGACCCCUCGGACCCUCCCUUGGCAGCCACUCCCUGCCCCUGCUGUAUAAGAGCCGCCUGUCGCCUGCCACCCACCACCAGUUCCCAGUCCUGCGACUUCUCCCAGCACAGCCACCAGCUCAGCCUCUGGAGAUGGCCUUUGUCCCUGCGCCAGGCUACCAGCCCACCUACAACCCGACGCUGCCCUACAAGCAGCCCAUCCCGGGCGGGCUCAGCCUGGGGAUGUCCGUUUACAUCCAAGGAGUGGCCAGCGAGCACAUGAAGAGGUUCUUCGUGAACUUCGUGGUGGGGCAGGACCCGGGGGCAGACGUCGCCUUCCACUUCAAUCCCCGCUUUGACGGCUGGGACAAGGUGGUGUUCAACUCACAGCAGGGCGGCAAGUGGGGCAAUGAGGAGAGGAAGAGGAGCAUGCCCUUCAGCAAGGGCGCCCCCUUCGAGCUGGUCUUCACCGUCUUGGCCGAGCACUACAAGGUGGUGGUGAACGGAAGCCCCUUCUACGAGUUCAAGCACCGGCUGCCCCUGCAGAUGGUCACCCACCUGCACGUGGACGGGGACCUGCGGCUACAGUCCAUCAACUUCCUUGGAGGCCAGCCCACCCCUUACCAGAGACCCAUGACGACCCCAGGUUACUCUGGUCCCGGAUACGGCCAUCCCGGUUAUGGCGCACAGCCGCUGCACAGCCUGCCGAGCAUGGAGGGACCCCCGACCUUCAAUCCGCCAGUGCCGUUCACUGGGAGACUGCAAGGAGGGCUCACAGCCCGAAGGACCAUCAUAGUCAAGGGCUACGUGCCCCCCACAGGCAAGAGUUUUUCCAUCAACUUCAAGGUGGGAUCCUCGGGGGACCUGGCUCUGCACAUUAACCCGCGCAUGGCCGAGGGCGUCGUGGUGCGGAACAGCCGCCUGAACGGCUCAUGGGGCGCCGAGGAGAGGAAGAUGGCCCACAACCCGUUUGGUCCUGGGCAGUACUUUGAUCUGUCCAUUCGCUGUGGUAUGGACCGCUUCAAGGUGUACGCCAAUGGCCAGCACCUCUUCGACUUCGCCCAUCGAUUCCCGGCCUUCCAGAAGGUGGACGUGAUGGAAAUCCAGGGUGACGUCGCCUUGUCCUACGUCCAGAUCUGACCUGUGCCCGAACUACAGCUCUUGGGAAGACAGGAAGUUCCCCUGGCCUCCCUUCCGACCCUGACACAAGGUGUGAGGCUGACUCGGGAGUAGGCAGCACUCCAGUCCCCUCCUUCCUCCCUCAGUUCAAUCCUGCGCCGUCCAUCAUCCACCAGUCACGUGUCCAAACUUCCUCCCACCGGAAUAAACCUCGUUGCUUCCCAGUCUCUGCGCACAACAGCCCAGGAGGUGGGAACUGCU